AAUGUAUUAAUAUACUUAGGUAUGAUAAAUAUUGUAUUUAGAGAAUAAUUUAACCUACAAUUAGAAUGCCUGUAUAAAACUAAUAGUCCAUCAUUAUUCCAUUAGAUAAAUCGAGUUAAUUACAAUCUACUAGAAGAGUGUCAUAGAACAUUGAUUAAUAAAACUCAAAUGUUUCUCCAAUAAGAUUAAUCAAGAAUAAGGUUUCUGUAAGUCCAAAUGUCAUCAAAUAUUCAUAAUAACCUCAAACAUCUACAAUGACGCCAUAAAAAAUUCCUUAUAAUUAACGUCAAACUUAGACUCCAACAAAGCAUCAAGAUGUACAAUCAAGAACCCUACAAUCAAGAACCCAUACUCCUAAUGUAUUAUCAUAACAAAGAUAAAGUUCAUCCAAUAAUCAAUAUAUAUAAUCUAAUAGGAUUCAUACAGAUACUGGUUUUUCAACUCCUUUACAUAAUUAAAGAGAAAAAGAGAAUAACGAAUAUUCAAAUGAUAAGUUAACAACAUAAUAUCAAAAUUUAUAGGAAUAGUUGAUAUAGUCAGAAUUUAAAAUUAGCCAACUUGAAUAAAAAAGUAGAAAAUUACAAGAAUAGAGAAAGAAAUUAUAAUAACAAUUCUUAUAAAAGUCACCAAAAUUAGCUUCCUAAUUAUGA